CCUUACAGAGACAAUAACUGUCUCUGUCUGUAUCUGCAGCUGUGUCUUCACUGUAAAAGAUAUUUUACUAUCGAAUCCUUCUGUCCAUCAGUCACAACAGUUUUAAGCACAGGAAGAAGCUGAAUGUGUGGAGGAAACCAGACUACUUGUGCUUGUCAGGAUGAGACCAGCCGGAGUUUCUCUUUUCUCUGUGUUUCUUCUCGUGAUUCACUCUGAAACGGUGCUCAUGCAAAGGGGCUUAUCAGGUGAUGAGACUCAAUUGCCCAUAGAGCAGAUCCGACAGGAUCCAGAGAUUCCAAUCCAACCCCCCACCCCGCAGGUUACCAGCCCUGCCCCCACAACCCCUACAGCACCUGAGAGAGACGAGUUUCUGGGUCCACCUGAGUGUCUGGAAAAGAAGUUUACUCGUGCAUCAUGUGGCCUGGUGUUUUGUCCUCCAUGGGAGCGUUGCAUUGAGGGACAUUGCUCCUGUAAACCACCCUACCUGUGUCCCGCUGAUGGCAUGGCCCCAGUCUGUGGGCACGACAAUAGAAACUAUCGCUCUUACUGCCAGGUGAUGGCUGUCUCAUGUCGGACCAAGAAACCCGUCAUGUCCCACUUUGGGAGGAAUUGCGAAGCGAGUCAUCUGAAGUUCACAAGUUCAAUAGACCCAGACACGGGAGUGGUCAGGGUCGUCAUUCCUGAUGCUGUGAACCCUGACAUCGAGGAGGAGCUACUGGUGUGCAAGAAGCUUUGGAACAUGGCGUCUGCUAACGUGGCCUGCAAGGAGCACAGGAAUCCACUUGGUGCAGCGACUGCUGAUUCCGUGUUGUACGAUACCCUGACAACCGACCGUGACGACAAGCCGUUGCCGAGAAGCUGUGUUAGCGUCCACUGCCAAGGUUAUGAGACUUCCCUCGCUGAGUGUAUAAUCUACGACAAGUGCAGGAUUGGCCACAGGAAGGUCGCUACGGCAACCUGUUAUAGGGCAUCACAAACACCCAAAGAAGAGUGCGGCUUCAAAUGUGCAAACACAAAGUGUGUGUCUCUGAAACAGACUUGUGACGGAGUUGACGACUGUGGUGACCGCAGUGACGAAAUGUGCUGCAAAAAUUGCAGGAACGGUGCUUUCCGCUGCAAGACGGGUGUUUGUGUGCAUCCAGAUGCAGUCCAUGACGGACAGAUUGACUGUCUGGAUGGCGAGGACGAAUCAAUAAAGCGCACUAGGGACAACAAACCAGAGGUGGACAGACGACCCCGACUUGUUGCCUAUACCUCUCCCAAAAACGAAACGAGGGCCGACAGAGUGCAUCUGGAGUCCCAGUUAUACUGUGGGAUUCCCAAUGCGACCACGGUGGACGACGUGGAGGUGGAGGAGCGAGGAAGGAGAAGGAGGAGCCGAAUCAAGAGAGUGGUGGGAGGAGUCCCAGCCAACCCGACUCAGAUCCAGUGGCAGAUCGCUCUGGAGGAGAACAGGAGGAUCGAUUGUGGAGGCGCUUAUAUCGGAGGAUGCUGGGUAAUCACUGCUGCUCACUGCGUCAGGCCCAACCCGUCUGCGUUCAAUGUGAAGUUUUCUCUCUGGAAGAAGUCUCGAAGUCAGGACACGACUGACAUUGUACCUGUUGAAGACAUUCGCAUCCACCCAAAGUACAACGCCAGCACUUAUGAGAACGACAUCGCUCUGGUGCAGCUGAAGAAGCUUCCGUUCACGGACAAAUGUCUGUUGGACAACCCGGCCGUCAGCGCCGUGUGUGUCCCCUGGUCCACCCAGCUCUUUCAGCCCAACCACACCUGCAGCAUCUCUGGGUGGGGACGGACCGCAGAGGGCAAAGCAGCUCAGGUGUUGCUCUGGGCCAACGUAUCCCUCAUCGCCGACUGUCAGAAUUUCUACAAAGGUCGCUUCAAGCCAGGCAUGAUGUGUGCAGGUGAUCUGGAGGGCAGCGUGGAUUCCUGUCAGGGGGACAGUGGCGGUCCGCUGGUUUGUGAAGAUGAACUGGGCGUUUCCUACCUGUGGGGCAUCGUCAGCUGGGGAGAGAGGUGUGGUCAAUCAGGUUUCCCCGGAGUUUAUACGCAGGUUGCUCAUUACUUUGAGUGGAUCAGGCUUCACACAGGAUGGCAUGCAGUCACCAAGUUCAACUCCUGAUAAGGCAAACACACACUUACGCAACACUUUGAAUUGUUACGAGUCACGUUUUUAUUUUAAAAAAUAUCACAUACUUUAAAAUAGCCUAAAUAUAUCUUUCUGUUUCUACAUCGCGAACAAAAGACUGACAUUUCUUUAUAUAGCUAACAAAUUAGGCUAAUCUGUUUUAUACACCUGUCAAUAAAAAGUAGUUUUAUUUGUAUUGCUAGCAAUAUAAAAAUGUUGUUUCUGCAGCUAGCACAUUUUUGUUUGCUAAAAAAAUACUUAUUUGUACUACUUUGUACCUUUGUACUGAAACUGCUGCACAACCAGUUCCCCCAGGAUGAAUAAAGUUUUAUCUCAUCUUAA